AGGGGUCUUGGGCAACAGGUGGCAACCUACCACGGAGCAGGGGUCUCGGGCAACAGGCGACAACCUACCACUGGGCAGGAACCUCGGGCAACAGGCGGCAAUCUACCCCUGGGCAGGGGUCUUGGGCAACAGGUGGCAACCUACCACAGAGCAGGGGGUCAUUGGGUUCACAGGGACUCAACGGGACACGGGUGGUCAGUGCACACACAGCGGGGCAGUUCGGAACACGGCUGGUCGGUGCACACAGCGGGUACAGUUCAGGACACGAGUGGUCUUUGCACACACCGGGGACAGUUCAGAACACGGGUGGUCGGUGCGCACAGCAGGCACAGUUCAGGACACAGGUGGUCAGUGCGCACAACAGAGACAGUUCAGGACAUGGGUGGUCGGUGCACACAGUGGGGACAGUUCAGAACACGGGUGGUCAGUGUGCACAACAGGGACAGUUCAGGACACGGGUGGUCGGUGCACACAGCAGGGACAGUUCAGAACACGGGUGGUCGGUGCACACAGCGGGGACAGUUCAGGACGCAGGUGGUCAGUGCACACAACAGGGACAGUUCAGGACAUGGGUGGUCGGUGCAUACAGCGGGGACAGUUCAGAACACAGGUGGUCAGUGCGCACAACAGGGACAGUUCAGGACACAGGUGGUCAGUGCACACAACAGGGACAGUUCAGGA